UGUUCAGGAUCUGCUGUGUGUUUGUGCUGGGAGCUCAGCUGUGCUUUACACCUGUGGGGUUUAUUUCUAUGUCAUAGCAUUGCUAAAAUGAUCUUCUCAGUAGUUAUUUUCAUACUUAUUUCUGUUGCGGCACCAGAAGGUACUUCAACAAUCCCAAGCACUGUUAUGUCAGCUACAGAGACACAGCAGCCCAGCAGUUCAACAGUCCAGUCCACACACCCUCCAGAUACUUCUGAGUCACAGACCACAACACAACCUAUCAUAGUUCAACAAACAACACAGAUGGAUGUCACAAACAACACUCAGACAGCCACUUCACAAUCUACCUGGAACAAGACAUCUGAACUGACAACAUCCGAGCUGAAAAUCACCGCCGUCAACUCUAGUGAAAUGACAUUUCCAGCAGAACCAAACAGCACAGCCAACUACACAGCUCUGGGAGACAGAAAAGAACAAUAUUUGGCAACAAAUCCAGGGCUGGUUGCAGUGCUGUGUAUUUUCUGUAUUGUGGUGGCUGUAGUUGUUGUGGUUGUGAUAGUGAAGACGGUUCGCUCCAGGAGACCACAGUUUGAGAGGCUUGAUGAUGUACCUAUGGGCAAGGUAAAUGAAGAAGCACCGUUUGCCCGCUACCCUCCAAAAUAAAUUCCGGUUUCUUAUACUUGCUGUCUCAGUGACCAAUGUAGCAAUGCCUCUAUUUAGCUUUUUUGGUUUUGAAACGAAAUUUGCCUUUUUAUCCUAAAGACUUAAUGUGCAAUACCCAGUCUAUUAGUUUGGGAAAUAUAGUAAUGUUGUGCUUCUUUUUUCCCUUAAAAUACCACAGCCAAUGACAAACUUAUAGCGAAAUGACGAAAUCAAACUUUUUAAAUCCUACAUUUUUGUUUUGGUUAUGCCAGUCUUCCCUUGUAAGCCUUUUUGAUUUUGUUGAUCUUUUGACAAAAUCUGCUGAAUUAAUACAUGCAAUUUAAAUGUAAAUGUACACAAUGAAGAUUGCUCUGUUAAUAUUUGUGAAGGACUAUGAUGGAAGUGUGACUUUUCAGCUUGUCCUCCAGAUGGCGACAAAAUUGUUCACCAGCAGUUGUACUGUAUUUAUGAUGUGGUCAUAAA